AUGUGCGCUGGGUCCGUCAGUGCCGCGGCGAACGCGGGCGGAGCGGCGCGGUGCCGCAGCGACACGCCAGCGCCACGGAGCACGUGCGCGCGCCCGCGGACUGCGCGCCGCCGAGCGCGCGCCCACCGCCCGCGCGCCUCGCGCACAGGCGACAUGGACGCUCUCUCCGAUGACGAUGAUUAUGCGCGCCGGGAGCCUCAGGUACGUUGCGUACCAAACACAUGCGUGUUCAACCCUCGUGCAUUCGGGGAAGACAGUCGCACGCACAAGCCUGAUCCCCAUCAUGUAGAUACGUGGAGCGCAACAAGUAACAACGGGCCACAACGCGGGGUGGAGACGAAGAUCGCGUGCAAGGACGACCUUGAUCGGAGUCUCGCCCCGCGUCCCGGCCAACGACGACAUACAAACCACCUUUUAAAAGGCGAUUAG